AAAUGCGCAACUGGCAACUGCUGCUUACUUGGCGCAUCGUAAUUCACAAUUCACCGUAUCUACGGGAUUUAACCUAACCUCUAACUAGCUGUAGCACGUACUCCGAUCUUCUUCUAUAAUGAAUCUACCUCGAGUACUGAUUGUUAGCACGAAGGAGGGGAAGGCUAAGGAAAUCGCAGAAAGCAUCGGGGCGGAACGUCUGUCCGAGGAAGACAAGAUUGUGGACUACAUGUGGAACAUUGACAACAAGUAUUACACAUCACAGGUCUUGGUACGCGCCGUAGAAAACUUAUCCCACAAACUGUCAGCGGAAGAGGUCGACGCGUUAAUCGUGUACCACGACGCGCAGGCAGAUAAGGUGGACGAGGAGCUGGAGCAAUUGGCGUCCUUGGCCACUUCUUUGACAGCAGCAGAGGUGCUGUUGUUUUCCUGCGGCGCGAUAUCCGACUCGUUUCUGCGAGAUAAAGUGUUAAAUUGGUGCGUGCGCAACAAGUUUGAGCUGGUCGAGUUGGAGCAAACGGGAGAUUCGGAAUGCGAUGCGGAGGGCAAUAAAUAUGGCAUCGAGAGGAUCAUCGAAGCUCUGCAUGCUCACAUGUGGCCCAAUAUCGUGCUUAAAGACAAGUCGUGUAUGGGGCAAGCGCUGGAAGUGAACAAGAUUGAGGAACAAUUUGAGAAUAUUCGGUUAACGCGCGACCCUUCGGAAACGCUACGCAUGCAAGACAUGCUCGACGGCAUAAUGGGCGACGAAAAUGCGGACUUCGGAGAGCUGUACGGCCAAUUAAUGGCCAUGAAGGAGCACGCGGCGUCCUUGCCGACGAAUGAAAGGCGCUUAGUGGCGGAGCAAGUAGUCACCGCUUUUUGGAAAGCUAUGGGUGGCGAUCUUCUGGAGAUCGAGGAUUAAAUCUAAGACCCGAUAUGUACUGCGUAGAUCGAUAAAUUUACUUUAAUUUCUCGAUUCUGAAUUGAUUUGAGAUAGGAGGCUCGGAAUAAUGCGACGCAAUUUACGUAAAGACUGACGCAUACUGGCAACGAUGUAUGCAUCAAGAAUGUAUAAUAGAAAGAAGAUUGUUUAGAAAAGAAUUCCGUGUAACUAAAGUGUAUAAUGUUUCAUGUAUAAUAUGAAGGUAGAUUAAUUAUUCUAUGUACUAUAAAAAAAAGACGUGUAUCUUAAACAAAAAUCAUACGAACGUAAUCUCAUAAUCUAUACGUAUAUCAAUGUUAUUUAGGACGUUAUGUACAUAUAAUAUUGUGUAUUUCCUAAUAAAAUAAUUUUAUUUAAGAAUAAA